CCGUGCCCCGGAAACGGAAGUGACUUCCUUGCUGUCAGAGUCGGGGUGUUACUCGGUGGUCCUGAAAGCUAGGGAACUCGUUUUCGCUUCAUUUUUCCUGACUCUGGAGCGCUUCCCUGCCUGGCAGGUGGGAGUGCAGAGACGGAAGUGCGAGAUGAGCACCAUGUUCGCGGACACGCUGCUCAUCGUUUUUAUCUCCGUGUGCACGGCUCUUCUCGCUGAGGGUAUAACCUGGGUCCUGGUUUACAGGACAGACAAGUACAAGCGACUGAAGGCGGAAGUGGAAAAGCAGAGUAAAAAAUUGGAAAAGAAGAAGGAAACAAUAACAGAGUCAGCUGGUCGACAACAAAAAAAGAAAAUAGAGAGGCAAGAAGAGAAACUGAAGAAUAACAACAGAGAUCUAUCAAUGGUUCGGAUGAAAUCCAUGUUUGCAAUUGGCUUUUGUUUUACUGCCUUAAUGGGGAUGUUCAAUUCCAUAUUUGAUGGUAGAGUGGUGGCAAAGCUUCCUUUCACCCCCCUUUCCUACAUCCAAGGGCUGUCUCAUCGAAAUCUGUUGGGGGAUGACACCACAGACUGUUCCUUCAUCUUCCUGUAUAUUCUCUGCACCAUGUCGAUUCGACAGAAUAUCCAGAAGAUUCUUGGCCUUGCCCCUUCGCGAGCAGCCACCAAGCAGGCAGGUGGAUUUCUUGGUCCACCACCACCUUCUGGAAAGUUCUCUUGAAAUCAAGAAGAACCGUAUAAUUCUUGUCAUUCUUUUUAGACAUUCAAAUCAGACUGGCAACUAUUUGGUAGCAAGAGCCAUAGGCAGCCUUAGCACAUGGGCAACCUUCUAAUUUUGAGUUAUUUCUAGACUUUUUUGGUAUGAUUCAAAUAAGGAUGGUACCCAACAAACAUGACAGUGCUUUGGGUCACAGAUUAAUUUUUAUUAAAUAAGUGUCUUGAUUAGAUAAGUUCAGCUGAUAUUUAUGUAAUGAGAAACAAAUAGCAUCUUUCUUGCUUUGCUUACAUGAAUAUUUUCUGUGGGACUGACUCUCAAGUUUGCUGUGUGCCAUGUACCGUGGAAGUUGGUUCUCCAUGAGUAUUUAGAGAUCUGGAGGAAAAAUUUGUUUAUGUAACUCUUAAUUGGAACUAUUUGUUGUGUGUUUUUCUUCAAGCCAAAUAUAUGACCCAAAAUCAAUAAAGAGGCCAAAAUUUUAGCUAUUUCAUCUACAACGAGAGAUCUGUUUUGUUUUACCAUGUUUCUAGAUACAUGUUUUUAGUAAUCUGGACAUGAGGGUAAACAUUGGCCAGGAAGGGCUAAAAUAAAAGUUUUUAAUGUACUAUUUUAUCAUACUUGUCUCAUAUACUCAAAACACAAGGUUGUUCUAUUAUGGGAAUUGGGAAGCAUGAGGGAAAAGGAAAAUAAUAACUCAGGGGAAUAUAAAAAUGAGGAUCUUCCAGCAGUUCCCUUCAUACCCUAGGACAAUCUAUUGGAUUCUUGCAAAGGGACUCUUAGUUCUCCCUUGGAAGCAAGGUUAGAGUCAUGUGGUUAAUCUUGUGGAGUUUCCUUUUAGUCACAGUGGCUUUCAGUCCCUGCUAUGCCCCUUUUGUAAAGGAUGAGAGGAUAUGUGUACCAUCAUCUUCCCUCCUAGUCCAUGGAAUUGGAAAUCCUAUAUGGAGUGAUAACUCUUGUAAUAAAUAUAGAUAUUUA